CACGGCGGAAGCUUGCAAUUAUUCAAACUUCCAAUCUCUCUCUCUCUCUCUCUCAAGUCUGUGUCUGAAUUAAAUUUUGUUGAAUUUAAUGUUUGAUUGAUCGGCUACAGAAGGCCAGUGGAGAGAGAUGAUCCGCGAAGAGAGGAGGAGGAGGAGCAGCAGCAGCAGCAGCAGCAGCCGAGAGAGUAGAAUAUGCGAAUUUAGUAAGAAAGAAAAUGUGAAUUUUAUUUCGAAGAUCGGAUCGAAUUCUAAGAUCAGUUUGGCAAAAGAUACCAAGAUGUUGACUGGAAGUUUUGCAGCCAUUGAAUUCGAAGAGUAUAUGUCGGUCGAGCUGAAGAUGACCAGAAAAUUGGAGACGUUCUCGAGGAAGGCCGGCAACAUUGACGUCCCCAGCAACAGCAACAAAGGGAGCCACAGCCGCGGAAGGAGCAAAGGAUGCGAACAGAACUCCAAAGGAAAAUGUGAAUUUGGCAGAAAGAAAGACAAAGACGAACGUCAACUCAAAACAGGUUUUAUUUCGAAGAUCGGUUCGAAUUCGAAUAGUAUUGCAAAACAUACCAACAAGAAGUUGAUUGAAAGUUCUGCAGCCAUUAAAUUCCAAGAGUAUAAGUCGGUCGAGCUGAAGGUGACCGGAAAAUUGAAGAUGGUCUCGAGGAAGGCCGGCAACAUUGACGUCCACGGCACCAGCAAGAGAUGGUAGGCGACCGAUGAAAAGCUACCGGAAAAUCCAAAUCACACCCAUUUCAGAUUGAUGACAAUGUGUUGGCGUUUAUUAUUGUUGCAGGGGUAUUUUGGGGAGACUGUUGUUUUAUCCAUCUUCAUAUUUACGGUUCGGCGUGUUACCCACGUGUAAAAAAUAUGGUAUGAAAUUUUAAAUAAAAGUUUGAGUGGUGUUUCAGUA